UUUAGCGUUCGUUUCCAUUCGUUGCUCGAUUCGCACUUAACUCUGCGUUCUACAAGCUCGCUGUCUCGCUCCGAGGCUCAUCUCUUAUUUGAUUCCUCUUCAUCUUGGUUUAUGAGCUCGAAGGAGAAACCCACUCUCGGAGGUACGCGGAUUAAGACCCGCAAAAGGAAUAUUGCGGCUCCACUAGACCCUGCAGCGUUUUCGGAUGCAGUGGUCCAGAUCUAUCUCGAUAAUGCUGGUGAUUUGGAACUUGUUGCCAAGAGUAUUGAAUCGUCUGACCUGAAUUUCUCAAGAUACGGUGACAUAUUCUUUGAGGUCGUUUUCACUGGAGGACGUACACAACCUGGUACAAUAAAACCUGAAGAAGGGGAGCGCCAUCCUCACUCUGUAUUUGACUGUGAACCCAAGCGCGAAGACAUUUUACCAUCUGUUGUCUAUAUACAGAAAAUUUUGCGCCGCAAACCUUUUCUCAUAAAGAAUCUCGAAAAUGUUAUGGGAAGAUUCUUGCAAUCACUGGAGCUUUUUGAGGAAGAUGAAAGGAAGAAGCUGGCAAUUUUCACCGCACUUGCAUUUUCCCAAAGACUCUCUGGGCUACCUCCAGAGACCGUCUUCGAGCCGUUGCUCAAAGAUAAUCUUGUUGCCAAAGGGCUAGUGCUUUCGUUCAUAACAGACUUCUUCAAGGAGUAUUUGGUUGAGAAUAGUCUUGAUAACUUGAUUUCAAUUCUAAAACGAGGAAAAAUGGAAGAUAACCUUAUGGAUUUCUUUCCACCUACAAAGCGGUCUGCUGAAAGUUUCGCUGAGCAUUUCACUAAGGCAGGAUUGACAGCUUUGGUGGAGUACAAUGGGAAGAAUAUAUUCGAGGUGAAACUGAAGGAGAUUAAAACUGUACUCACAAGCCAGAUCUCGGAGGGAACUGAUGUUGAUGAAGUCAUUGAAAUGGUGAAGCAGCAGAUCAAAGAUGCUAAACUACCAGAUAUUGAGAUUGUCCGUGUACUUUGGGAUGUUUUAAUGGAUGCUGUUCAAUGGUCUGGAAAAAACCAGCAGCAAAAUGCUAAUUCUGUUCUGCGCCAGGUGAAAACAUGGGCGCCCCUGCUGAACACGUUUUGCACCAGCGGGAAACUACAGCUGGAGCUCAUAUACAAAGUCCAAAUGCAAUGCUAUGAGGACGCCAAGCUCAUGAAACUUUUUCCAGAGGUGGUGAGAUCUCUCUAUGAACAUGAUGUCCUUGCCGAGGACACCAUCCUCCACUGGUUCCGUAAAGGAACAAACCCUAAGGGCAGGCAAGCGUUUGUGAAAGGUUUGGAGCCGUUUGUGAAUUGGCUGGAGGAAGCGGAAGAGGAAGAGGAGUGAAUGAGACAGGCACAAUGUACUGUGUUCCUGUUACUAAUAAUAAUAAUAAUAAUAAUAAUAAAAACUCCUGAUGGAAGAGAGAGCUGUUAUGUUUGAAUUGAGGCCAUCUGUAUUUCCAUGAUGAUGAUGAUGAUGACAAUGAUGGUGAUGCGGGUUUGUAGGUUUCUGUCUGGAAUAAGUUCCCAAGAUUUGUCCCUUUUUUGGUGUUUUUGCUUGUGCUGUU